AUGGGCUGCGCUGCCGCUCCUGCAUAUCUUCGUUCACAUGUUGCUGCAGGUGCAGCACGGGCUGCUGCUGCUGCUGCUGCUGCUGCUGCUGCAGCUGCUUCUGCUUUUGCUGCUGCGGCUGCAGCAGCUGUGGCGCGACGUACUCAUGACCUCGAAGCGUUGCUGCUCCAGCGCUCAUGGCUAGCAUGUGCUGCUGCUGCUGUUGCUGCUGCUGUUGCUUCUGCUGCUGCUGCUGCUGCUGCUGCUGCAGCUGCGGCGGCUCUUGUGGUUGCUUCCCUUCUUGCCUCCCUCGUCGCUGCUGCUGUGCCUGCUGUUGCUGCAGCUGCGGUUGCUGCUGCUUCGGCUGCUGCUGUUGCGAUCCGCCCUGAGGCUGCUGCUGCUGCUGCCGCGGCUGCUGCUGCUGCUGCUGCUGCUGCUGCUCUGUCUCAAACUCGCUGCUCUGCAUGCAUAGUGGCCCAAGGCCGGCGGUGGAGAGCAUCGCGCGCGCUGCUGCUGCUGCUGCUGCUGCUGCUGCUGCUGCUGCUGGGCUGCUGCCUCCUGUCGGGAUUCUGCAGGAGCAGCGUCUGCUGCAGCUAA